AUGUCGUCCACAAAUGCCAACCUAGACACAGAGCAAAGAGAUUCUCGUUACUCAAAAAUACCAAGAUCUGAUCAUAUAGCCAGGAGUUCAAAAAAGAGACCAUUCUCCCUGAUGGUUCUCGAGAGCAUUCCAUCAUAA